CUGUCUACUACACACUCCACACUUCUUCUCUGCUACACACAAACUCGAUCCCAUUUUUAUAGUAUUUAUGAUUUGGGCCAUUUUUCAAAUUAAACAGUAUUUUGCUUAUUGAGGAAAAGAUUGCAGAAAGAGAGAGAGGAUUUCAGUUCUUGGGUCGAUCGGUUCCCGGAAUCCGAUCACGACCCUCCACUUCUUUUCUCGUGGAUACAGCCGCCAGCCGCUCAAGUCCAGUUUUUUUUGGGUUUCCGACGAGUGGGAGAAUGGAGAUGGAUUCAUGUAAGCUGUUUAUCGGUGGGAUAUCUUGGGAAACCAGUGAAGAUCGUCUCCGUGAGUAUUUUCAGUCCUAUGGUGAGGUUUUGGAGGCGGUUAUCAUGAAAGACAGAGUCACUGGUCGUGCCCGUGGCUUUGGCUUUAUCGUCUUCGCAGACUCCAAUGUCGCUGAGAGAGUCCUUCUGCAGAAACACAUGAUUGAUGGUAAAUCUGUGGAGGCAAAGAAGGCAGUUCCAAGAGAUGACCACAUAGUAUUGACCAAGAGCAACAGCAGCUUCCAUGGAUCGCCUGGUCCAGCAAACACUAAAAAGAUAUUCGUGGGAGGGUUGGCAUCAUCAGUGACAGAGGCAGAGUUCAAGAAGUACUUUGCUCAGUUUGGGACAAUCACGGAUGUUGUGGUGAUGUUUGACCACAAAACCCAGCGUCCGAGAGGCUUUGGGUUCAUCACAUACGACUCAGAGGAGGCUGUAGACAGAGUGUUGCAGAAGACAUUCCAUGAACUCGAUGGGAAGAUGGUUGAGGUCAAAGUUGCCGUCCCUAAGGAAACUUCUCCCAGCCAAAACCGGAACCUAAACAGCCUCAAUAGCUUCGGAAGUAGCAGGAUGAGUAUGUUGCUCAACGGUUACACCCAAGGGUUUAACCUGAGUCCAAUCUCACCCCAUGGAGCAAAACCUGAAGGUAGGUACAGCCCAGCAGUAAGUAACCGAGGCAGCUUCUCUCCGUUUGGCCAUGGGUUUGGGAUUGAGCUGAAUUUUAUUGAGGGAAACCAGAACCAGAGCUAUGUGAGUGGGUCAAACGGAGGUUUUGGAAGGCAGUUUAACACAAGCCUGAGUAGGUACGGUGGUAAUGGUUCUGUCAAUGGAAAUCAACUAUGGGGCAAUAAUGGUGGUAUGGGUUACAUAUCACACCCUGAAAUAACAGGAGGGUUCAAUGGGAACUAUGGAGUAGGAAGUAUAGGAGAGAAGUGGGGAACAGUUGGUGAAGGGCGUAGCUAUCGAGGUUACAGCAACGCAGAGAUGGGUAUUGGUUAUGGUAGAAGCAAUGGAAUGGGAGUAGAAUCUAGAGGAGGUGUUGUUCAUAUGAGCAGCUCAGGUUGGGGAAUGUCCGGUGAAGGAGGGAUGCACGGUUUUGGAUACAUGAACAACAAUGAGGAAUUGCUGCUAGCAUAGAGACCUGACAUAUCUACACUUAGGGAGAUGAGAUGAUUGUGGAGUGAGCUUUUAGAGAGCAACUUUGUUAGAGUCCCAUAGUUGUCAACUUUGAGCUUCUUUGCUUUUGCUUUUUGUUCUAGUUUUGUUUAAAUUUGAAAUAUUGUUUUUUUUAUAUAUUGUAAAAUGACAGAUACAAAAUGAAACCAAGACAAGAAAGAGUUUCAUGUUUGGUUUUUUGGGUUAAUAAUAAUCUUAGCAUUAAAAGAUAUGAAGAAGUCAGGUUUGG